AUGAAGUGCACUUGCUCGAGUAUCGGUGCAGCGGCGCUUUUGGUGGGCUCUGUCUUUGCUCAGACGUUUCGCCGUCUUGGAGCUUGUGAAUCACUCGGUUGUCUGUUCCCCCCGUCUCAGGCUGAUUUCCUCGCUGGACAGUAUUUUGACAUCCGUCUCGAGGUUCAUCAGCCUAUGAAUGGUUCAGAAUUCAUUGGUCUUCCUCUAGAUGAGAACUUCACUUUGACUGUGAGCAAGAAGGGGGAGGAGGUUCAAAAUGCCACUGAAUUCUUCGAGGUUGAAGAACCUAAGCUGGAGAAGUGGAAUUUUACGUGGUAUGAAGAUCUCUUUGCACGUGAUGCGAAAACGCCCUCCUUCGUCAAUGUCGCUGCCAAAGCAUACCGUCGUGUCGCACUUUAUGAGCCUGGAGAGUACACUGCUACUCUGAACUACAAUAAUGGAAGUAAAACGGAAGCAACGUGGUUUGUUCGACCCUUGGCCGAGGAGCGAAAAGCGAAAAACAUCAUUCUGUUCAUCGGUGACGGCAUGACUACGGCCAUGAUCACUGCGGCAAGAUUGAUAGCACACAAGCAGAUCAACGGAAAAUACCAGAGCUUGAUGGCCAUGGACAAAUUUCCCAUUCUGGGUCACCAGAUGACUCACUCUAUCGACAGCUUCAUUACCGACUCUGCCAACUCUGCGGCAGCACUCAAUACUGGACAUAAGAGCAGUGUAAACUGCUUGAACGUCUAUGCCGACAGCUCCAAAGAUCCUUUCGAUGACCCAAAGGUUGAAACUAUGGCCGAGAUUUUCCACCGCGUCACUGGUGGACAUAUUGGUAUCGUUUCAACAGCCUACAUUGCUGACGCUACUCCUGCUGCUUUGGUGGCCCACACCCGUCUUCGCAGUGAGUAUGGCGCCAUCGUUGAUACCUUCCUCAACGGCGUCCAAAAUUAUACCUGGACCAAUGCUCCCAUCGAUGUCAUUUUCGGCGGCGGCGGUGAAAAUUUCUACAACUCUUCUCUCGAUGGCAAAACCUACCAGGACAAAGAUUACUACAAAGAAUUUGCUGCACAGGACUACCAGAUCGUCCAUGAUCGCAUUGCUCUGGCGAACGCCGACCCCAAGGAGAAGACUCUUGGUAUUUUCACCACAUCAAACAUGGCUAAAUGGCUUGACCGCAACGUCUACCGUGACAACCUUAACCAGUCGCUCUCACCUACCGGCGACAAGAAACCUGCUCUUGAUCAGCCCGGUCUCAGGGAGAUGACACUAAAGGCCAUUGACAUUCUUGAGGCACGUUCCGGCGAUGCCGGGUGGCUACUGAUGUCUGAGGCAGCCAGUAUCGACAAGAUGAUGCACGUCCUAGACUACGACCGCGCUCUUGGCGAACUCCUUGAACUCGACGACACGGUAAAAGCCACCAUCGCCCACCUCAACAGCACAGACAGCCUCAAAGAGACUCUCAUCAUCGUCACCGCCGACCACGGCCACGGCUUCGAUGUCAUAGGGUCCGUCGACACCAAGUACCUCAACGCCCAAGGCGAUGACCGCAAGAAGCGCGAGGCUAUAGGUGUCUACGAGCAGUCUGGAGGAUCACAGUACAUCAACACUGGUAAUCUCACAUACACAGACCGAAACUUCCCGUCCAAUUGGAGCCCACGUUACACCCUCGCCGAGGGCUUCAUGGCAAACCCCGAUCACAGAGAGACAUGGUCUGUCCACAAAGACGGCCCCCGUACCCCUGCUACUGAGCUUGAGGAAGAUAGCGAUGAUUAUUACGUUAACCCCAAAGACGGCAAAGGCGGUAUCACACUCAACGGUACACUACCUGUCGAGAACGACCAGGGCGUGCAUUCUUUGACUGAUGUACCUGUUUACGCAAUGGGUCCUUGCCAAGAGCUCUUCCAAGGAACAUUCAACAGCAUUGACAUCUUUUUUAAUAUGGCGGAGUGCUUUGGUCUUGGCCGGGGGGAGCCGCAAGAGGAAAAAUAG